AUGGAGUAUGCUUUUGACAUACCUUCUAAAUGCUCCGGAGUCGUGACCAAUAGGUGCGACCUUAAGGUUGUGAAUCACGUAUUUGAUGAGCUAGAUGAUGAACAUAAACAUCUUUUUUUGGAAUCUUGCUUCCGCCCAUUAGUGCACAUUCUGGAGUUGAAGUUGUCGUCUCAAAUAAUCCACCACCUUCUUAUGAGGACCUUGAAAUCAUCCGACAAUGAAAAUGAUGCCGUGUGGUUCAAGUUCGGAGAAAACCAAGCUAGACUCGGGUUACAAGAGUUUUCUCUUGUAACCGGAUUAAAGAUCGUGGAUGAUCCCGAGUACGAGGUCCCCGAAAGAAGUAGUUCGCUUUUGCAUCUAUUCAAAAAGAAGCGUGGGAAGAUAAUGAGGAAGGAUUUGCUCGAGAAAUUUGAUGAAUUGAAGAAGAAGGAAGAUGCAAACUUGAAAUACAAAUUGGGGCUUAUCACGGUCCUCGAGCACGUGAUUUUGUCUGCAGAGUGUCGGACUCUCGUAGAUGAAAAAUGGUUCCAUUUGGUUGAAGAUUUGGAGCAUUUCAAUAGUUAUCCUUGUGGAAACUUUUCGUAUGGGUACACCGUGAAGUUGUUUAAGCGGAACAGUUUCGGAACCGAAAUGGAGUAUGCUUUUGACAUACCUUCUAAAUGCUCCAGAGUCGUGACCAAUAGGUGCGACCUUAAGGUUGUGAAUCACGUAUUUGAUGAGCUGGAUGAUGAACAUAAACAUCUUUUUUUGGAAUCUUGCUUCCGCCCAUUAGUGCACAUUCCGGAGUUGAAGUUGUCGUCUCAAAUAAUCCACCACCUUCUUAUGAGGACCUUGAAAUCAUCCGACAAUGAAAAUGAUGCCGUGUGGUUCAAGUUCGGAGAAAACCAAGCUAGACUCGGGUUACAAGAGUUUUCUCUUGUAACCGGAUUAAAGAUCGUGGAUGAUCCCGAGUACGAGGUCCCCGAAAGUAGUUCGCUUUUGCAUCUAUUCAAAAAUAAGCGUGGGAAGAUAAUGAGGAAGGAUUUGCUCGAGAAAUUUGAUGAAUUGAAGAAGAAGGAAGAUGCAAACUUGAAAUACAAAUUGGGGCUUAUCACGGUCCUCGAGCACGUGAUUUUGUCUGCAGAGUGUCGGACUCUCGUAGAUGAAAAAUGGUUCCAUUUGGUUGAAUAUUUGGAGCAUUUCAAUAGUUAUCCUUCGGGAAACUUGUCGUAUGGGUACACCGUGAAGUUGUUUAAGCGGAACAGUUUCGGUAAAACAAAAAACCCAAAGUCGAUAACAUAUGCUCUUCACGGAUUUCCCCUAGCUAUCAUGGUUUGGGCAUUUGAGGCACUGCCUGAGUUAGGAAGACAAUAUGCUGAACAAUGUUCUACUGGCGGACUUCCGAGAAUAAUGUGUUGGAAAAUGGACAAACAUGUGCGAAGCGAGCAACUUAUUACGUUUUUCAACACGUUGGAGGUUCAAGUUCGACGAACGUUACAACCUUCAAGUGAUGAAGUUGAAACUUCAUACUUUAAGGAUUUCGGCAUAACUUCAGAGGAUCAAGAAAGUGUGCCUGAAGAUGAGGAAGAAGAAGAAGGAGAAAAAAAUGACGCUGAGGAUGAGGAUGGUAAGGAAGAGGAGGAAGAAAAAAAUGAUACAUCUCCAUCCGAUCCACCGCAACCCCAAGUUUUGGAUGCUGAAAAUAUUCGAACUAUAGUCAGGGAAGUUGUGACGGAAGUUGUGAAGGACGAGAUGAGAAUAUUUUCCGAGCGAAUGGAGAUGAUGAUGGAGAAGAAGAGGGAGCGAAUGGAGAUGAAGAUGGACAUGAAGAUGAACAAUUUUUUUGACCGAAUAGAAAAAUUAGUUUUUCAAGCAAAAGCUGGUCCAUCUACCCGUGCUACCUAUGACGGGACAAAUGUUGAUGAAGAGGUUGAUCCGGAGACCGGUCGAACAAUAGAUGGUGUUGAAGACACAGUGAAAUCACCAUGUCCGAUGCCCCAGCAAGAAAUGGCUGGACUUAAUGAUGAUGCGGGGGAGAGGGUUCCGGAAGAAAAGACCGGCUGCCGUUCUAUGUACUCCGAAUAG